ACUUGAAACUGUCAAACUUUUCUAUUGUGUUUACUUUCCACUAAACAAAUCUAAUUUCGUCAAAAAUCGUACCAACUAAAUUGAAUAAAGAAUAAUUCCAGAAAAAUGAUUGAGAUUACUGCCAAAUUAGUUCAUGAAAAAAAGAAUUUCUUUUUGUGCGGUGAAUUUGUUGAAUGUUUCAUAUCAUUUUCACAUCCAUCUUUGCCAGAACACAAAAUCGCACAGAGCAAUAAGUUGGAGAAUUUAGCAUGGGCAACAGCACAGAUUCACUGUUAUUGUUCGUCAGCAAAUGAUGAAAAAACAAUUGAAACCACAACGAAUGUAGUUAAAGCGGCCAUCGUAACAGCUGACACAUCUCUAAAUACCCAACAAGGCCAAGGAAAUGUUGUGCUCGAAACAAAGCCGAAAAUAUUGUUCUGUGAUUUGCGACUGUCGCCAGGCGAAACAAGAUCAUAUCUUUUCAAAGAGAUUCUACCAAUGUCCGGCCCCCCAACAUACCGUGGCACAAGCAUUCGGUAUUUCUAUAAAAUAACGAUUGCAACGCAAAAAGUUGGUGCCAAAGUGCAAGCGUUACAUCUACCAAUUCGUGUAUUGUCACUGCCGACCAUGAUCAAAGCUGAAGAGAUAUCGGCACUGUGCAAUGACACAUCCGACGAAUUGUCGCCAACGAAUCCAUUCCUUGAAAAGCGUAAAAAUUUAGAAACAAAAUUGGAAUACACAUUACAUCAUUUACAAAAUAUAACAGCCAGACGCCGACCAAGUUUUUAUAUGAUUUCAAAUAAACGCGGACGAGUUGGCCGUUUCUGUUUGUUCAAACAGAAUUUCAAAUUGGGCGAAGAUAUUGUGGGAACAUUGGAUUUUUCUUGUAGAACGGUACGAUGUGUUCAAGUAUCGGUGACGCUACAGUGCGAGGAAAUUCUUAUUGCACCAAAUGCGACCACCACAUCGACUCAACCGUCAACUGAAUCGAAUACAAAUGGAACUGAUAGUUCGAUUGCAACUGGAAAAAUCAUGAACUUCACUAAACAUCAUGAAGUUUGCUUAGGACUUUUACAAGCACAAGUCAUUUUGCCAGUUCCAUUGCAUGUUACGCCCACAUUCUCAACGAGUUGCGUCAACGUUAAAUGGCGAUUACACUUUGAAUUUGUAACAACACCAAAUGAUUUAAGUAAAGACCAAAAUGAUAAUAACUGGCAAGCACCGCUUGACAUUGAAAUCGAAACGAUGAUUUGGAAUUUACCCGUUACGCUGUAUCCAACGGCGCCAAUGCAAUCGUUACAGCAACCCGCCAAAUUCACAGCAACAAUUAAGUGAUAUCAGACAGCAUAAAUUACGUUGUCGAUACGAAAGAAAGAGAAAAAGGAAGAGAAAAAAAAUGUACCGAAUACCGUGAGACUUAAAGCCAGUGUAAUUUCUGCGAACAAAGCAAUAAAAUCAAUGCAACAACAACAACCAUAUCGAAUUUGUUUGAGUGGUUUCGUUUCUUUCACACAGCAGACGAGAAUGACGUUUAAACAUAAAUGUGUAACGGCAGUCACUUUGCAUCUCGAUUUGCCGUAUUCAUUUAAUGUUGUGCGGUGCCUCGUGUAAGCAACAUUUUUAUUUUCAGUUCGUACAUAGAAGAAAUUAACAUUCUCAAAAGAGACGUACAUUUUCGAGUAUUUAUUUUUAAAUUGUAUUGUAAUUGGUGAAAUAUAUAUAUAUAAAUUGUGAAA